AUGAGGAAGCGCGAUUUAGGAAUCCUUCUGAUAUCGGCGUUCGCGGUUUUCAUCUGUCUUCAGCAUGAGAGCAACUUCACGUUCAGGGAGGCGUGGUUCCACGUGCACCGCGACGACUACAACCAGGAGCUCGAGGCGCACGUGGUGCCGCCGCCCGUGGUCUUCGAUCUCAACGGCGACGGCCGCAAGGAGGUCAUUCUCGCCACCAGGGACGCGCGCCUGCAGGUGAUCGAGCCGUUCACGCCGCCGUCAGGCGAGUCGUACCAUCCAGUGCGCGUGCUCAAGGAGGUCUCGCUGCAACCCGGCCAGGUGGAGCUGAACCCAGCGGGGCACCAGGCAGUGGCGUUCGCGGUGGGGUAUCUGGACCCACCGUCCUUGAAGCCCCCCAAGAAGGCGGGCAGCGGCAAGGCGGUGAGCGUGCCGCGGCGCAAGGCGGUGGUGGCGGUGGUGACGGCGGGAUGGGCGGUACUGUGCUUCGAUCACAACCUGAAGCUGUUGUGGGAGACCAGCGUGCAGCACCACUUCCCCCACGGCGCACGCCACAAGGAGGUGGCGGUGCUGAUUGCCAACCACACCAUGCACCGGGGGGAUCGAGGCGUCGUGAUUAUCGGCGGAUCCAUGGAGUCAGACCCGCUGCAAUUCGAGGAUCCAGUGGAGGAGGAGGAAGCGGAGGAGGAGGGCGAGGAGAAGCACCGCAAGGAAGCCGGGGACAAGGAUGAGCUGGAGGAUGUGUCAGAGGGGGCGGCAGGGGUGAACGAGCGCCACUUCUCCUACUACGCCUUUGAUGGUGCCACUGGCGCCAUGCGCUGGAAGCAUGACAGCAAGGACUUCCAUCGGGACAUGUCAGCGCUGAGCCAGCAGCUGUUGCCGCAGCACAACUACAAGCUCGACGCCUCCUCCCUCUCCUCCCGCCACUUCGGCGAGAUGGAGUGUCGCGAGUUCAGAGAGUCCAUUCUGAAGCACCUGCCGCACCGAUGGGACCAUCGCCAUGACACGCGCUUCGAGCUCGCCAGCAUCCACCGCCAUCGCCGCCGCAUGCACAAGCGCCUCCCGGGGAGUGGGCGGCACGGGGCGCCACAUCACGCAGCACACCCCCACGGCACGCCCCCCCGGCUGCUGGCAGGGCGCGACCAUGAAAGGAACGUGUUUGCGCGGGCCGUGGGGAAGGCUGUGGAUGCUGCUGGGUCCACCAAGAAGGCCAAGCACGCGCAGCACCACGUGCACGGCAAUGCAUCGGCGCACCACUGGUGGGCGCACAACGCGGUGAUAGCGCACCUGGAGGAGGGCAUCGAGGUCAUCCACCUCUACUCCGGGCGUACCAUCUGCAAGCUGCUGCUGCCCGACCAUGGCCUGCACGCUGAUGUCAAUGGAGACGGCGUUCUUGAUCAUGUGCAGGCAUCAGGCGCAUUGGGAGACGAGCUGUUCACGUUUGGCAGUGAGGAGGAGGCAUCAGAGGUGGUCAAGUCCUGCUGGACCAUGGCGCUCUCCGGCAUCCCCCCCACCCAACCACUCUUCAACGGCUCUAUCUGCCGCCCCCACGCCUCGCUCUUCAACCUCGCUUCUGAGUUCCAGGAGCAGUGGAAUGAGCACGCGACAGGGCAGCAGCGGGUGGGAGUGGUGGCGCCCAUUCUGCUGCCUCGCAGGGACCGCCACCGCCGCCACCAGCGCCGCCAUGGAGAUGUCAUCUACUUCAACAGCCGAGGCGAGAUCACCUCAUAUGCGACUGAGGCCCUGAGCAGCAAGGGACCGCACGGCCACAUGCGGUGGCAGAUCAGCACAGACGCCAAGUGGACCCCCGCCGACCCCGCAGCUGCCUUCGACUCCUCCGCUCCCCCGGCCCACGUGCCCUCCCUGCACGCCAUGGCUCUUAAAGCCGGGGGACGGCCGGAGGUGAUUCUGGCGGUGGGGGAUAACGAGGCGGUGUUUGUGUCCCCUGGGGGGAAGAUCCUGGGGACGCUUGCGCUGCCGACGACACCCACAGAGCCGAUUAUUGUGGCGGAUUUCAAUGGCGAUCGGCUGAAUGACCUGAUUAUCGUCACUGCCAUUGGCCCGUACGGGUUCGUUCAGGUGCGCUGCUCGUCUCUGCUCAUCUCUCCUUGA